AGUUCUUGUAGUUCUAUACACAGUUAAGCGUUUCACAGUUUCGUUAGAAUACUUAAUGUUAAUGUGUAGCUAUGAAGCAGGGGGACCGAUCCGGACAGCCUCGGGUAUACCCCCCCGACCAAAACGCAAAAUUCCGGCUAAUUUCCUUCACAGUUGACUAUAGUUAUAUAGUAUAUAUCGAAACCGCCGAUAAGGAGACUACAAUCGACCACUCCGGCAAGAAUCGUUCUACACAAAGCGGCGCGCGUCGCCAACGCGGGAGCUCUCAAACUCAAUUACCACCUCCGCGCGCUCGCAGCCCUCUUUGGCGUCAGCCCAUCUCCAAGGGCUGCCUCGAUCCAGGCGUCAUCGUACGGGACUACGCGCACGUUCGUCUUCUGCACCGUGUACUCCAGGUGGUUGCACCGCGUCUGGCUCCAUGGGGGGCUGGGCGCGCGGUUCAGUUGUUGGCUCCUGCACCCCUUUCAUGGCUUCAGCGCAGGUUGCACAUAACGUCAUCUGCUUUCUGUCGAGUUUCACUGGGGCUUUCAAGCUCUUUUGUGGUGGCUCUUAUCAGUCUCAUGGCUUCCUCCAUGGGUGCCUGCAAUCCUUCUAUGGCAGUGGUCGGUUCCCGUGUGUCCUGUGGUGCCAGAGGCGUUGGCGCCAGUACUGUGUGCAGGUGUGCUUGGGCCACAAAGCGCUGGUGGGCUAGGUCCGCCGAAUCCUGGUGCCGUGUCGACCGGUCUGUAUUAUUCAAGGUCGCGUUCCAGUCUCCGGACACCACCGCAUGGUGGCCGUCUCGCCUCGUCUUAUCAAGCACGGCCCCUCACAUUGUGGUUCACAAUUUUCAGAUAGCCCGUCGGUGGUGGUGGCGCUGUUGUAUCUUCAGUGCGGGCUUGAGCAGGCAGAAGCCGGACUGGUGUUCAAGGUUUCGGCUUCUUCAAUACGCUGCACAUCCUCUGGCGUGUCCUGUACAAGGUCAAUUACGCUGCUGUUCUCACGGUAGGGUCCUCGAGGUGUUACAUUGUGGACACUAUCUUCUAGGAGUGCGCGGAGGCUAUUGUGUGCACCCCCGACUAUGAGUACGUCAGCAUUAGUUAGGCAGUAGAUGGUUCCACUCAGGUCUUGCCACCUGUGAUGCGUUGCUUUGUUAAGCCCUGCCUGGUCUGUAAGUAUCUUGGGAGCAGCUGCAAGCGAGUCCAGCAGUAGCCAUCUGUCCUCAUGUUUCUUAACUGCUACGGCAUGUGCGCGCUGGUCUUCUUGGAGGAUGAAUCCUACAUCACGAGCAUGUCUUGGUAACCUGCUUAUAGUUUGGUUGCCCGUAAGAUUUUUGAUGUGGCUGUCUGUGUCAGGUUGCUUAAGGACGAUGUAUGGGCAGGGUUGCGGUUGCUGCUGGGUAUGGCUGAUCCGGACGUGCUUUCUCAGAUAAUGGUUCACGAGGAUGACAGACAUCCCUACUCUUUCGUCGAACAGGGAGCACCAAAGUCUUAGGACCCCUGGGUCUCCGUUUUGCAAGUCUUGUUUCAUUGUUUUCCAGUACUGUACGACAUGUGCUGGGUCUACAUAUCGGUUUCCUAACAGGUUGUUAAGCGAAUGGAUUUGGCAGUAGGAGCAUUCCUGCCUUUCAAAAUAUGUGCGGUUGCUUUGAGGUACUGGCCAUUGGACAGGAGCAGGAGGCUGUAGGGCUGUGGUAGGGCAGUUCACCCGGGCAGGCCCUUGUCCGUCUGGCAUCGUGUCACCUCCUCUCAACCGUGUAAGAUCAUAAGC